AUGAAGGCAAACCGCUUCAUAGAAUUACUUCUGGGUUUGACGAUAACGGGCUCUUAUGCCUCUGAUCUGAGCACCUCAAGCUCUAAAACUGAUUCAUCUACCAAAGAUCUGGUGGCGCAGGCAGUGAUGCCAGAUUCGUCUUCGAAUUUUUGCCAGAUCGACAAAGACGAGCCUGUCGGCGCGACGUGCGACGUCACUUUUAAGGAAAUCAAUGAAAUUAAUAGACAGAUCCGGAGCGAUCUUCUCGCUCUUGUGCACAGCGACUUCUUCAAAUACUUCAAGCUUGAUCUUUACAAGCAGUGUCCGUUUUGGAAUGACAACGAUGGUUACUGCGUUAAUCGAGCAUGUGCUGUGGACGUAGUUGAGGAAUGGGACACUUUACCAGCAUACUGGCAACCAGAGGUUUUAGGAGGCCUUGACAAUGAGAGUUUCGGGGGUGAAAACAUCGCUUCCGAUGAGUGUGCGUUUCUGGACCAGCUUUGCGAGGGACAAAAAAAUGGUGCUUUGAGUAAACCAGAUGUCAACUAUUGUGAUCUAGAAGAUUUUAGCAAUGAAAAGAGUGUUUUGGUGGAUUUGACUGCUAACCCUGAACGUUUCACAGGCUACGGUGGUAUGCAGUCAACGCAGAUCUGGUCUAGUAUAUACAAAGAAAACUGCUUUUCCUCUGAACAGGCUGGAACCUGCCUCGCUAAGAAUGCAUUCUACAGAUUGAUAUCUGGUCUACAUGCCUCGAUUGGCACACAUCUAUCAAACGAUCAUCUCAAUACCGAGACUGGUGCCUGGGAACCUAACUUAGAACUUUUCAUGGCAAGAGUUGGAAAUUUUCCAGAUCGUGUUGCCAAUAUUUACUUCAAUUAUGCUGUUAUUGCCAAGGCAUUGUGGAAAAUUCGGCCAUACUUGUCUCACCUGGACUUCUGUAACGCCUAUCACGAGGAUGUGAAGUCAAUGAUAAACAGCGUUAUUACCAGAUUAAACUCAAAGAUUUUCAACGAGGAUUUGCUGUUCAAGGACCAAGUCACCAGCACAUUGAAGGACGAUUUCAGAAUGCGUUUCAAAAAUGUCACUAAAAUCAUGGACUGUGUUCAUUGUGACAGAUGCCGGCUAUGGGGAAAAGUUCAGACGACGGGAUAUGCCACCAGUUUGAAAAUACUGUUUGAGUUUGAUUCUGAAGACGAAGAGGGGAAGCAAAAUGUUGUGGACAAACUAACGAAAUAUGAACUUAUUGCUCUGUUUAACACGUUUGAUCGACUUUCAAAAUCCGUGGAAGCCAUAACUAACUUUGAGAAAAUGUAUGACUCAACUGUGAACAGUAUGGCCGGCAAAUUAGCGUCUUUUCUCAAAUCCAACAACUUCUUCAAACUUAUCAAGAGCUCUGUUAUCAGCAGCACGGAGAAGGAAGAGCCAUUGACACGAACUUCGAUCGAUUCUGCAACAUCUUCUGAAAAGACACAAGACGGCAUUUCACAAGAGAAUGAAUUUAAGGACUUGAAGUUUAUGCCAAAAAAGGUAGUAAACAACGUCACUAAGACUGGUAUUAGACAGGCAUGGGACACUGAGCUAAACAACGUAUCUGAGGCGUUGCGCUUCAUCUUCCGAAGCUAUUGGGAUCUUCCUCGCAAUAUAAUUAAAUUCAUGCUUUUGAAAGUUAAUCGCAUGUGGAACAGGUUCGUUGGGGUGCCUGAAUAUCUACAAGAGGCAGAUCAGGAUCCAACCGUAUAUCAGCUUAACAUUCAGUAA